AUGUCAGGAUACCAGGGAUUCGAGCUCCUCCCCACCUUCGACACCUUUAUUCCUCGCUCAGUGACACCAUCUGAAGUGGACUGCAUACAGUCACCCGAGGUCUAUCGAAUUGUCGACCUCGACUCCACAGUCUCUCCUGAUAACACUGUUUCGCCUUCGCCAUCCUCAGAUUCACAGGAAGGCCAGAGCUCAGUCACAUGCGCAAUAGAUGCGGAAAGCAAGAAACAUAAAUUACAGACUGUCAAGCGACGCAUGCAAAACCGCAACGCGCAGCGCCGAUUCCGCGAACGCAAAGAAGAGCACCAUCAAACACUCCAGCAACGGGCUACUGAACUCGAAGCAAAGUGCCAAGAGCUCUCGGAGGGAUUGAACCAAAAAUCUGAAGAAAUAUCUAAGAUCCUUAAGGAAAAAGAGGCCCUUACUGGUGAAGUACAAGAUCUGCGCAAGCGGUGGCGCCUCAUGGUAAUGCUGCUGCGACUGCCAAACAGGCUGCAGUCGCUGUCUGGCUUACUGGGGAGUGAUUUGUCUUCCUCUUGCUCUUCAUCCUCUGAAAUAAAGGCCGAGCCGUUGGAUGUGCCGCUGGAAGACUUGUUCGGGUGUCUGCAGGAGUUGCUAUUACCAAACGAGGCGUCCGACGGCUCCCCUCUUUGCCCUUCCUAG